AUGGAUGUGUUUAUGAAGGGUAUGUCUAAAGCUAAAGAGGGGCUCGCUGUGGCCGCUGAGAAAACCAAGGAAGGAGUCGCAGUGGCAGCCGAAAAGACUAAAGAGGGAGUCAUGUUUGUAGGAAGCAAGGCCAAAGACAGCGUGGGCACAGUGGCUGAGAAGACCACUGGGGCCAUGGGGAACAUCGUCGCUGCCACUGGACUGGGGAAGAAGGACGAGUUCCCAACUGACAUGAACCCUGAGGAGUAUGGGCAGGAGGCCAUGGAGGGCCAGGGGGAGGCCAUGCUAGAGCCAGAAGGGGAGACAUAUGACGAGUCCCAGCAGGAGAGCCAGGACUACGAACCAGAGGCGUAAAAGCAUGACUCCAAGCCACCAUCCAACCAGCAGCACAAUAAUAUUUCUAAUAAUAACAAGGACAAAU